GUCCUUGUUAAAAGAGUUUGACCAGGGCCAGAGUUGGUGCUGGGGGUCGCCUGCAGCUUGGUGAUUUCCUGAGGGGGUACUUGCUUCCUCUUUUUUUUUUAAAAAAAGAAAAAAGAAAAAUCCCAUCUGAUUUUCUUAUUUUAAUUUUUUUUUUUAAAUUUCAUCUUUUAUUUUUUUAUUUCAUUUUUUUUUGUUUUUGUUUUGUUCUACUUCUCUGAAUAUCGCCACUCUCACUGUGAGAUCUGACUGCCCAUCGAGAUUUUUCCUUUCAGACCAUGAACAAACUAUAUGUUGGGAAUCUAAGUCCUUCGGUCACCGUCGAGGACUUGAAGCAGCUCUUUGCGGAGAGGAAGCUGCCAGUGGCCGACCAGGUCUCACUCAAAUCCGGCUAUGGUUUUUUGGCCUUCCCCGAUCAGAACGCGGCCAUAAAGGUUAUAGAGACUCUUUCUGGUAAAGCCGAGUUGUACGGAAAGGUGAUAGAGGUAGACUACUCUGUUCCCAAAAAACUAAGGAGUCGGAAGAUCCAGAUCCGGAACAUUCCCCCUCAUCUACAGUGGGAGGUUUUGGACGGCCUUCUCGCACAGUAUGGUUCUGUAGAGAACGUGGAACAAGUGAACACUGACACAGAAACAGCAGUGGUGAAUGUGACGUACGCAACCAAGGAGGAAGCCAAAGUAGCCAUUGAGAAGUUGACGGGACACCAGUUUGACGACUGCUCCUUUAACGUGUCAUAUAUCAUGGACAUGGAUGCUGCUCCGCCUGUCCAGGUGGCCCGCGCACGGCGCGGUGGGCGGUCAUCCCGGGACCAGGGCGCCCCUCAGCCUGGGCCCUCAGGAGGCUUUGGCGCUCCGCGCCCCAGGCAGAACGACUUCCCCCUGCGCAUACUCGUGCCUACUCAGUUUGUGGGAGCAAUCAUCGGCAAGGAGGGCCUCACCAUCAAGAAUGUCACCAAACAGACACAGUCCAAAGUGGACAUUCAUCGGAAGGAAAAUGCAGGUGCAGCAGAAAAGCCCAUCACCAUCCACUCAACACCCGAGGGCUGCUCCUCCGCCUGCCGCAUGAUCCUGGACAUCAUGCAGAAGGAGGCCAACGAGACCAAGACGACGGAGGACAUCCCUCUGAAAAUACUUGCUCACAACAGCCUGGUCGGUCGGCUGAUUGGGAAGGAGGGCCGCAACCUGAAGAAAAUCGAAGAGGAGACAGGGACCAAGAUAACCAUCUCCUCGUUACAUGACUUAACCAUUUACAACCCUGAGAGGACCAUCACAGUGAGGGGCAUCCUGGAGGAGUGUUGUAAAGCCGAGGCGGAGAUCACGAAGAAGCUGAGAGAAGCAUACGAGAACGACAUUGCUGCUAUAAACCAACAGGCCAACCUGAUUCCAGGCUUGAACCUGAACGCUCUGGGCAUCUUCUCCUCUGGUCUGCCGGUGCUGCCCCCUGCUGCUGGACCACGUGGUGCAGUGCCCGCUGUGGCACCAGCAGGAUACAACCCAUUCUUAAGUCACUCUUCACAUCUCAGUGGCCUGUACGGGGUUCCUCCAGCAAGUGCCAUCCCCCACCAGCACUCACAACAGGCGACAGAACAGGAGGUUGCCUACCUCUUUAUUCCAACUCAGGCAGUCGGGGCGCUGAUCGGCAAGAAGGGCCAGCACAUCAAACAACUUGCCCACUUCGCCGGAGCUUCCAUCAAGAUUGCCCCAGCUGAGAGCCCAGACGUCACAGAGAGGAUGGUAAUCAUUACUGGUACUCCAGAGGCUCAGUUUAAGGCCCAAGGUCGGAUAUUUGGGAAGCUGAAAGAGGAGAACUUCUUCUCGGCGAAGGAGGAGGUCAAACUGGAGACGCACAUCAAGGUUCCCUCAACUGCGGCCGGCAGGGUCAUCGGUAAAGGAGGCAAGACGGUAAACGAGCUACAAAGCCUUACGAGUGCAGAUGUCAUCGUACCUCGGGACCAAACUCCAGACGAGAACGAUGAGGUCUUUGUGAAAAUCUGUGGGCAUUUCUAUGCCAGCCAGAAUGCACAGAGGAGGAUCCGGGAGAUCAUACAGCAGGUCAAACAACAGGAACAGAAACACCAGCAGGGCGGCGCUGUGUCACCGCACCACUCCAAGUGACCAGCGGCGUGGCUUCCGUGGGCACCAGCCAAUGAAUGUAGCCCUCCCAAACAGACAGAGACCUAUCCAGACAAAGGCCAAGGCCAAGGGGGACAUGCAGGGCAGACCAGCAGCACCGGGAUCAAAACCAAAGAACUUUACUAUGGGGGAAACAAGUGAGAGCCAAAGGCUGAGGGCAUUGUGUGCACUGCCAGCCCUGUGAGAGCAGAUAGAGUGGGAGAAACCGUACUGAGAUAAUACAAUUUUAAAAAAAGACCAAAAAAAAACCCCAACAAAAAAUUCUACAAGAAAGAUGGAUAUGGUAGAGAAUUGGAUUUUACUUUUAUCUACACAGUCAAAAAGGUAAACAGGAAAUAAUAGUAUGUCGCCCUGCAUAACGUUAUCUCUUUAGUUGGACUAACAAAUGGAUAAAGUAACUGUAUUAACACAAGCAUAUACAAGACAUUGUGAUUGAUGUUUUGGGUUAGAAUGAGAGCGAGUGACAAUGGACCUUCUCUUUGAGAUAUUCAGAUUUGCAAGAUUUAAUAUACUUAGCAGUAUUAAUACGGAGUAGAAAAGCAUAUUGAUACACACACCGAGUAUGCACUGUUAUUUUUCUGCUAAAAUGACAGUGCAGCUUGGUGCAGUUUUUUUUAAAAUGUUGUGCUUGUUCCAGAGAUGGAUUGGGCUGCGACAGCCACAAAAAAAAAGAAACGGUUUCCCUUGUUUGUUUCACGCUUAAGUCCACUGAAAUCGAAAAAAAAAGAAAAGAGAAAACCCCUAUAAGUAAAUAUGGUGAAUAGUUCUGAGUCUUUGUAACAAGCCUGUGUGUGUGCCAACGCAAAAGAUAACGUCCCUUUGAAAUGUCUCUUCCCAUUCAUAUAUGAUGCUUACACAUAUUUCUCUUCAUUUCUUUCCUUUCUGCUCAUUUUCUGCUUCACGUUCUCAUCACUCUCUCUCAUCUGGCAUCAUGUUUAUUUGAUAGGAUGAAAAUAUUUGUUGUCAAGGUACACCUUUUUUUUUCUUUUCCCCCCCCAUAAGCCUUUUUUGAUAACAUUGAACUGACUGCCACUUUUGCGCAACAGAGGUUAAAUGCCACCAUGGGUUUUGUUUCUUUAACCAGUAAACUGGUAUCACUCUCCCAUUCUGUACAGCAGUAGACUGUAUCUACAUUCAUGCCGGUUGUCCUGAUAUAUAUAGAUAUUAUUUUAAAAAAUCAGACAGAUGUCUCCUCCUCGACUAUCAGAACAAAAAUUGACGUCUUUUAUUUAAAAAACAAAACAAGUGCGCCGCUGCUUGUUAACAGGCAACCGGUCGUUUUGAAUGUCCACUGCCACACGCUCGACCUUUUGAGGACGUCACAGAAUGUGAGCGGAGGGACCAGAAAGGGGGAUGCGGGGUUAAGGGAGGCGGGUGGGGUGGGAGAGUGCAGACUUGUGGUUUGUGGCAGUGAGGAAAAGUUUGAGGUUUUAGCGGGUGGGGGUGGUGGGUGCUGGUGCUGGUGGUGGGCGGGGCUUAUAGGGAGGCACUGUAUGACCUGUGGUACACACACAACCGCAAACGUGACCGCAGCCGCGUUUGGCUUUAACUCUCUCUUGUCAGGGAGCUUUCUAAAAAUGGCGUGACCGCUGUGAAUGUACAAUAUGCAGCCUUUUUAGAAAAAAAACCGUCGGCCCUGCCGUGUUCAGCAGGCCAGGGCCAGAGGCACAGACACGCAGAUUGUCAUUCUCACACUCUCGCUCUUUUUCUUUUCCCUUUCAAUUCCUUAUUGUGGUUUUUAUUUUGGGGCGAGCUGGCCGGCUGCUCUGUGAGCACGCUGGACGCGCAGGUCCUGGUGUCCCUUUGUGCUUAACGUUGGAGACCAUGGAAGCUUGUUGCCUUAUUUUGUCACCUGUCAGACCUUUACCCAUCAGCUUCAUCUUCCAGACGCAAGGUUAUUGCCAAUACGCACAGCUUCCUCCAUGUGUGUGUGUGUGUGUGUGUGUAUGUAUGUGUGUGUGUGUGUGUGUUUGUGUGUAUAUAUAUAAAAAGAGAGAGUAAUAUUUAUGAAUCUAUUUUUUUCCUAUUUUGUGAUGAGAGCUAUUGAUAAGAAACAAAAAGAAAACAAAGUCCUUUUCUUUUUUUCCUCAGUGGGACACUGCCAUAUUAUUUUGAAGGGAAGCGUUUAUUUUCUUGAAACUAGACUAUGAAUAAUAAUAUAAAUAAAAACCUGAAAAAUAGGAGAACAGUAAAGUGAACGACCGUGCUAACUUUGGUCAGGAUGUGAACAGUGCGCAUGUCAGUAUUGUGAUCUACCUCAGGCUUCAGGGUACCUCAGUCCAAUAUUUCAUUUCCCCUUUUUCCACAUUUUGUAUGCCUUGUUAACCUUGUUGAUCAUUUUGAGCGUUUUAAAUUUUCUUUUUUAAUGAAAAAAAAAAAAUAGAUCAAGAGAAAACAUCUACAGUGAUCUCUAAGCUUUUCAGGUCCAGCUGACAAGUGAAACUUUGUAAACCGUAGUCAACUCUGUUGGACUGUCUUUGCCUGGACGCCAAACAACCUCUUAAUGAUUCACGUCAAAGGAUUUCCAAGUUGAUUUUUUUUUUCUAGCUAGAAAGGAAUGAAGUGCAGGAUCUAAGGGGUACACACCUGCCCGAAGUGGUUCUGAAUGUGGAUGUUGUGUACUGAUUUCACCGUCAAAAAAAGAACAAAAAAAGAGAUAGAAAUCGGUUGAUAUAAAAACAAACAGACACUAACCAACUGUACCUCCUGUUUUUCCCAACUGUACCUCCAGGUUUUUUGAGACUUAAAAAAAGAAAAAGAAAAACAACAACAAAACAAUGAAGUUUAUUCACUUGUAAGCAAAAAAAAAGGAAUUUUAUAAUCACCCAACCCAAUCUUACCAGCUCUAUUUGAUAACAGCAUACUCUGGGGUUGAUUUGAAGAGAACACGAAGCUGCAAAAAUACACUGACAGGACUUUUGAACAUGGUGUAAAAUCCUAGUCUUCUGUGUAGAAUGUAGAACAACUCUAGUCGUGGAAAUGUCACUGUGUAUGACAAGAUAACUGUAUAUCUGUAAACAUGUACAAUAGAGUCACACAUAAAUGCAUCGUAUUCUGUCUCUCUGUAACACGUACCAGUCUGCACCUGCAUUGUGAGAGAUGGUGGGAGAAGUUUAGAGCGUCACAGCUUCCCUCAAAACUGACCUCUAGAUGGGUUUUCUCCUCAAUCUACCAAUAUUAUUUUAGUUCCUUUUUUUUUGUGCUGUACAUUUCAGAAUUACCUCUCAGAAUCCAAGGCUGACUUUUUAGUUACUAAAACCGAUGUAGGGCAAAAGAAUUAAAAAUAAAUGAAUGAUAUACAGUAGUGAAAGUUUAGUGUUUGUCUUUGGAGUUCUAUUAACUGUUGAGAGCAGAUUUUUACUUUUAGAGGGCAGACUUUUGUCAUCAGAUGAGGUGGAUCUUUUCUUUUCUUUUCGUCCCAGUGAACACAGUCUAGCAGUGCUAAAAUAAAACAUAAAGGUCUAUCAAACUCACACAAUGCCUGAGGCGGUUCCAGCAAGCCUCCCCACAGCCGGUACAGUACCUCAUACUGAUGACGACAGCUCACCAGACCUGAUUUCAAUUACCCCGACCUUACCCACGCGAAUGCAGUACGGUGCUUCUACUCGAGCAGUGGUAGGGCAUGUCAAGGAGGAAAUGGCUUUUCACAGUAGCACUGGAAAACUAGUUUGUCAGUCAUGGCUUGUUUGACUGUCAGGAGUAGUUUUGUUUUUCAUUCAGAGCAGUUUUGAAGGUGCGGCUCUUUCUUUGCAUCUUGGAGGACUGUGCGGACCUCUGUCUCUCUUGUGUUUUGGGCUCUUUCCCUCUCGCUGGGUUUUCGCCGUGGUGCUGUGAGCGGAGCAUCCUGGUUGUGGAGACAUCCGCGAGGCGACCGCAAUCUGAGGCGAGACUUGUCAAGAUAGUAGUAAACUUUUUCUUCUUUUUUUUUUAACAUACAAGGAUAGUUGUUUCUAGGUUUUGUGGGGUGUUUGCUAGGCAUUAAUAUUCAGUACCAGAAAACCACAAUUACACACAUCACUGAGGAUGUACAGUGUUGUUAGUCAUAUCACACGGUGGUUGGAUAGUAUAGGCUUUAUUUUGUUUUCUGUUGAUCUGGUUUUCUCGUCAUUUACACUGAUUUAAAAAUGCAUUUUGUCUGGGGGCAGUAGAUGGGAUUCUUUGCUUUUAAUAUUCAUUCCUGUUUGAUCACUACCAAUAAUGCUAGCUGUUAAAAUGUGGAUGAGAUAUGUCCUAGCUCUGGUUUUCAACAUAUUUGGGAAUCAGAGUGGCGAAAAAAAUAAAAUACAAUAAAAUUAAAUAUUCACAUAGAUAUGACUUUUUGACAAGCGGGAAGGUUGACAGAGUAUCCAGGUCUGAAAAAAAAAAGGUUGAUUAAACAUGUUCUGCCUUUGGGACUGAACAGCAAAGAGGGCAUUUAACAACCAUCCAUAAAACUAUGGAUUAGCUGAGGAAGGAUUUAGUGAAAGUCUGGUCGGAUGGAUGCAGAACCAGAGCAGUGUUUUUUCUGUCCCAUCUUCUUGUUCAAUGAGAAAACAGCAAGCAUUGCAUGAGACUGUUGUAGGCGAUCCAGUUUGUAUUACACUUCAUAUAGCACUAGACUUUCAGUAGUGGUUUUACAUGGAUCCAUUUCUUAACUGCAUUUCACCAUUUGGGAGAUUCCUUUCGUUUCCUCAGUAGGUCAAAACCCUCGAGUCCUACAAUUCCCACGGGCCAAAAGGUCCCACACACCUCAAGGUAAUUGGUGACUGUGCGCUGGACAGACAUAUGAUCUUAUUUGAUACAUCUUGUGGAUCCAUGCCUUUCUGGUAACAGCCAAGCUGUUGUUUUGAGUUGUGAGUGAACUGUAUUGCUGAGCAACCUGGAUCUGAGCAAUAAAGAAUAUUUGAAAGAAA